AUAAAAAAAGUAAAUAAACAACUCUCGUCCCGCAAUUUUAAAAUGAAGUAGAUUAUUAAUAAUGUAUUAUUAUAAAUUAUUAUUGUAAUUACAAUAUUUUAUUGUUUCAUUCUUUGAUUUUAAAUUGGGUAAAAUGUAUAAUCAAAAAACUAGUACAUCCACUCAAUAUGACAAACGUGGUGUUAGAAAUGAUAAUAAAAGAAAAGAGAUUCAACAUGAUGGAAACGUAAAUACCAAGGAUGCACAUCAAGAAUUUCGUCAGUUUUUAUCAGAUAAACUAUUUGAAUUUAUUGAAAGCCAAAUUGAGGAAGUAGAAGUUCAAGAUUCUGACUCCGAAUUAUUUCAUUUUGAAGUCGGAGAUGUAUCUUUAUUCCCUGGAUCUCCUAUUUUAAAGGAUGAAUUAAUUCCACCUUCUGUUUCAAACAAACAUCCUCCAUCAAAGAAAAAAAAGAAGAUAGACAAGGAUUUGGAAAAGGAGCGAAUAAAGGAAGCUGCUGUGUCUGUGGACUGGAUCCGACAACAAGCAAAAUUGUUUACGUCUUAAUAUGUUGUAAAAUAUUGUAAAUAUUUUCUUUUGAAUAAAAUUUAUAAUUCUGUUUAA